AUGAAUUCCAGCAACUACAGCCAAGAAUGCCUCUUCACCCAGGUUGAUACCUUUAUGAUGUCUUUCCAGUUUGCAGUCUCCAUACCUACCUUCAUUCUUGGUUUGAUUCUCAAUUCACUGGGGCUCUGGGUGUUCUGCUGCUGUUGGAAGAAGUGGACAGAAUCCUCAAUCUACAUGGUAAACCUUGCUCUCAUAGAUCUACUGCUGCUUAUUUCUCUCCCUUUCAAGAUGUACUACUCCACACAAGACAGAGGGCAAGAGCAGAAGGGGCCCUGGUGUGCAUUCAUAGACUCUCUCUACUUUGUCAAUAUUUAUGGGAGUAUUUUCACCAUUGUCUGCAUUAGUGUGGACAGAUAUAUUGCUAUAAAGCACCCAUUCAAAGCUAAGGUUUUCCGAUCCCGCAGGAAAGCAUUAAUGGUAUGCGGCAUCAUUUGGGUUACAGUUUGGCUUUGCAGCCUCCCUGUCUUUGUUUCCCACCCAUCUGACAAAGUCAAGUGCUUCCACAACUUGUCAGACAACGUGUGGAGCACUCCCAUCAUUGUUUCUGUUGAAGUCUUUGGAUUUCUCAUCCCCAUGACUGUGAUGGUUUAUUGCUCUGCUCAAAUCAUCUUGACGUUGCAGAACCGGACACAAGGAGAGGAGAAUUGGGCUGAGCAAGUUGCCUGCAUGCGAGUUAUUGCAGUCAACCUCAUAGUGUUCCUUAUCUCUUUCACUCCAGCACACCUGGGGAUCUUACUUCAGUUCCUUGUAAGGCAGCACAUCAUUGUGGAUUGCAGCAUGAAACAAAAAAUUAGCCUCUUCAUUCAGGUAUCAAUGAUGUUAGCCAACAUCAACUGCUGCCUGGAUGCCAUCGGUUACUACUUCAUUACAAAAGAAUUUCGUGAGAAAAAUUUAAAGAACUUAAGGAAAACAUUUUCUUCUGCUGAGGCUCAUUCUGAAUGA